AUGACAUCGUCAAGGCCGAGUCACUUGGUGGUGCAACCUCUUUCAUUUCCAAUGUUCUCAAUGGAAUAUGGGGUCUUAAAGCGGGUCUGUGCUUGUGACCUGAUAAGGCCUUCGGAUCUUCCUGCUACCAAGUCCAAUUUUGGAAUGACAGUUGGUGUUGGCGGGGAAAUACUUCCUGCGACGCUUAAAAGGAUGAUUGAGCGUUGUGAUGCUAUUUUUGUUGAUAUUCAAGCUUUAAUUAGGAUUUUUGAUAGUGUUGAUGGGACUGUUAAGCUUGUUAAGUUAGAGGAGACGGACUUUUAUUCGUUGUUAUCACGAAUUGGGGUUUUAAAGGCUUUAUCGGAGGAGGCGGCGUUUAUGGAUGUAUAG